CACCUUAACGUUGGAUGCCACCAGCCAUAAAACAAGAAGAAGAAGACAGCACUAUUUCCGCCACAUAUAAAGAGUCGAAAGUUUAAUUUCAUCACAUGCAACGGCGGUAGUUAGUUCUUCAGCGGUCUGUCAACAAACUAUAUUACAAUGUCUGCAUGUGCAUUGCGAGUGUUUGUCCAGCGCGCGGCUGUGACGCGUAAAGCGGCGCACCAAACAUUCAGCCAAACGACAGCGUUUCCUCGACGCGGGACCGGGAGCUACACACACGGUAGAGGAAUAAACACAUUAACAAAUUCACUUAGGGCUGAGGAGAAGGUGACGGUUCAUUUUCUGAAUCGAGAUGGAAAAAGGAUUACGGGGAAAGCUUUAACUGGAGAAUCACUACUCGAUGUUGUUGUUAACAAUGAUCUAGAUAUUGAUGGAUUUGGUGCAUGUGAGGGAACUUUGGCCUGCUCUACGUGCCACCUUAUUUUCGAGGAGGCCGUCUAUAAGAAGCUUGGAGCUGUUUCUGACGAGGAAAUGGACAUGCUGGACUUGGCUUAUGGGCUUUCAGACACAUCUCGUCUGGGCUGUCAGGUGUGUUUGAGGAAAGAUCUGGAUGGGAUGAUUCUGCGUGUGCCAGACGUGAUAUCUGAUGCUCGAGUUGACAGUGAAAAAGAGUCCUCCACAGCCCCACCCAAAGUAUAAUCUAUAAAAUAAAGCCCUGCUGUAUCUCAUAAACACUGCAUUAUGGAGAUAUCUUUAAUAACGGGUAUUUUAAUAUGUACUAUUUUAAUAGGAAACUAAAAUUUAACUGAUAACAUUUAUCAUUUAAUAUUAUUUACAUGCUGCCGUAAGUAGUUUUUAUAAAUUUGGGGAUUGUUGUUUUUUAAUUGUGCAGAUUCUGCAAUUCUUUGUGUCACAAUGAGAGGUGGGAGCAUGUUGUUAUACAUUUUGAAUGCAGAAAUAACUGUAACUGAUUUAUUGCAAUAAAUAUGAUGUUCAACUUUUUAAGUUGCUUUGUUUGUUUUUUGUAUUUGAAAGCUGGAACAUCAUCCUCAAGCAAGUACAUGUGAUUUAUAUUUGAACAUGUUUUAUAUUGAUGCGUUAAAAAUGUUGACAUGAGCACAGUGAGAAUGUGAAUUACUGAGUCGAAAUAUGUUUGCAAGAAUGAACACGUGUUCAAAAAUAAACUAGGGCA